AUGGGUACCUUCCAGUUAAACUAUCUCUACUUUCUCUCUGCCAGAGGCUUCACAAUCGCUAUUCAAGUUAUAGAUCAAUACUUAUUAGACUCAUAUUGUUCGCCGGGGAAUUACAAAGACAAUAGCCCGUUUGAGAAAAAUCACCAUGAGACUCUGGCUCUGCUUUCAUCCAACAUCAAACUCAAUAAAACAUUAUAUAAUAACAGUAUAGGUCAAAGCUUAGAUAGAGUUUAUGGUAUGUUACUUCGUAAAGGAGGCCUUACAGAUGAAGAUUGUAAAUAUUGUGCUGAUAUUUCUACUAGAGAUGCCACUCAAUGUUGUCCAAAUGGGAAAGAAUAUAUCGUAUGGUAUACAAAUUGUAUGUUAAGAUACUCAAACAGAUCAAUCUUCUCUGUCAUGGAACUGGAGACAACUACAUAUCUUCCAACCACAAGCUAUAGAGUAAACACUGUAUUUAAUGAGUUAAUAAACAAAUUUACGAAUAACCUUGUACCAAUAGUUGCAUCUAAUGGCACUGGUGCUUCUUCUAGUAUAAAGUUUGCAAAGGGAGAUGUAAAUUAUACAGGUUUAAAUUUUCAAGAGAUAGUUCAAUGUACUCCAUAUCUGUCAGGAAGUGACUGUAAUAGAUGCUUAUCAAGUGCACUUAAUGGUCGUCGUUAUCCGAAUAUGUUUCUCACACUAAGUCGGGGAGUUCUUAAACCCAGUUGUUAUGCGAGGUUGGAACAGAUUGGUUGUGGUGUAUUUGGACACUCUCGUCAUUUCACAAAUGGAGAAUGCAUCGAAGCAAGGGCGUGCUCAGGUCUAACUACUGGACCAGAGGAGGCAGAAUGCAUUGAUGCUAAGGAGGCUGUUUUGUGGGAUUUAAAACUUAAAGAAACACAAAAUAUUAUCUUUGUUGGUGAUUGCAGGAACGUUAUGGAGUCUUUUACUUCUUUCUAA